AUGGCGGAGCACCGCCUGCCGACAACCGGCCCGCCCCCCGCGGCCGGGCCCCGCCGCCAUUCCCGACGGCCGCGGCGCCGUUGCCGCCUGCUCCUCCCCCCGACCUUCGCCCUGGCGCUCCUCUCCCUCGCCUACCUCUCCUUCUCCUCCCACGCCAGCCUCCCCUUCCACACGAUACACCAAGGUCCGGCCAACAGGGAGAAUGUUGGAAAGGGAAUGGAUAAGAGAGACAAACGCAAUACCACUGUCAAGGAAAAUAUCUCUAUGACUAUAGACAAGUCAGAACCCUUCAUCAAAGGAAGAAAGAAAAAGCAUUAUGGGCCCUGUGAAAUUGAGUUUUUGCCGUCGGUUGACAAUCUUGUGGAGCCUGCUGACUACAGCAAUUUUACACAGUUCUUGUUGAAGUAUAUCUUGAAUGAGGGACAUUUGAUUGGUAAUGGAUUUUUUGAACCAUUGUUUGCUGGGCACCAGAGUCUUCGGGAAAGAGAGGAAACAUAUUAUGCAAAAAACCAAAGUCUUCACUGUGGUUUUGUAGAUGGUCCAGAGGGUUACCCCAGUAGUGGAUUUGAUUUGGAUGAACAUGACAGGGCUUAUAUGGCUACCUGCCGUGUGGUGGUGUCAUCAUGCAUUUUUGGAGGCUCUGAUUACUUAAGGAGACCAACUAAAAGCAGAAUUGGCUCAUACUCUAAGAAGAAUGUGUGCUUCAUCAUGUUCCUGGAUGAGCUAACGUUGACAACCCUUUCCUCUGAAGGACACGUCCCUGAUGAAAAUGGAUCCAUUGGUCUUUGGAGAAUUGUUGUAGUUAAGAAUUUACCCUACAAAGAUAUGCGGAGAGCAGGAAAGGUGCCAAAACUUCUGGCUCACCGACUCUUCCCAUCUGCCUUGUACUCCAUCUGGUUGGAUAGCAAAUUGCGUCUUCAUGCUGAUCCAAUGCUUAUCAUUGAGUAUUUCUUAUGGAGAAAGAAAGCAGAGUACGCCAUUUCAGUGCACUAUGAUCGCACCUGUGUCUGGGAGGAGGUGCUUCAGAACAAGCGCUUAAACAAGUACAAUCACACUGCUAUCGAUGAGCAAUUUUACUUUUAUCAGUCUGACGGCCUUGUGAAGUUUAAUGCCUCUGGCCACGAUCCUGUUCUACCAAGUUAUGUGCCCGAAGGAUCUUUCAUCGUGCGUGCCCAUACACCAAUGUCUAAUUUAUUUUCAUGCCUUUGGUUCAAUGAGGUCAACCGUUUCACUUCACGUGAUCAAUUGAGUUUUACAUACACUUACUUGAAGCUCAGGAGAAUGAACGCUGGAAGAUAUUUUCAACUAAAUAUGUUUAAGGACUGUGAAAGAAGAGCAGUAGCUAAACUGUUCCAUCACCGAACUAAUGGAUCUACAGAUCCACCCCCAACAAACCUUCGUACGGAUAAAAAUCAUUCAUCGAUGCCAAGCUAA